AUGUCGUCCUCUGAUGAUGAGUUUGACAAUGAGCUUCCGGACUUGAAGAAGCUUCUGGAACGUUAUAGUGUACCUGUUCAGGCGCCGAAAGAGAGCACCGCUCCGUUGGAAUUAUUUGAUCCGGUUACUCCCCCGAAAGCGUUGGGAGUCAGGGCUCGAAAGCCCACGGUUGGGGAUACGGCGGAGAAGGCUGUGGUUGGUAUAGUUGGAGGCCUGGGCGAGGAUCGGGGCAUUGUGAAGACACCUGUCACGGCUAUCCGAAAACCUAGGGCAGUAUCGGAAUUGUUAAAUGACAAGGCCGAGGCGGAGGAGGAGCCUGACCCAACCACGAAUAGAAAGUUUAAAGGCACUUUGGUAGAGAGGGCGAUUGCGACCGAGAGGCUUGUCGACCUUGCGGAAACGAAGAGUCUGGCAAACUCAUUCCGCGAGAGCUCUGCGGUAGCUGCGAUUCUGGACAGCUCUGGUGUGUCUGUGAUGUGGCUUUGAGUUUGUUCACUGGAAAUAGAUUGCUAACAUUUAACAGAUUCUGAGGAGGAGCACCCCAAACAAUCGCGGGCCUCACCACCACCACCACCACCACCACCGUCGGCGUUUACAAAGGCUCGACGAGGCCGUAAAGUAGUCCUGGAUUCGGAUGAUGAAUAUACACCGGACGAGGAUAGUGAGGGGGAACUUGAGCAGUUGGGUAUUAAGAAACUUCAACGGCUGACUAUAGAUUUAACCUCUUCAUCCGAAUCAGAGGACGAAGGUACUAAGCAGCAGCCUACUGUCUCAUCUACCCGACGGAAGGAGGCAUCAUCGGAAGACGAGGGGUUCAAGUCGCAGGAUAGUGCAGGAAGCUUCAAGCUACCAAACGAGGCUAUUCUCUCAUAGUAAAAAUUCCCCCUUGCGUCAGGCCGACCAAGUGCUGAUGGUGCCUGCAGUUCUCCACCCCGAUCUACAAAGCCUUCCAGGGUCCUCGGGCCCACCGGGUUAGCGCAAAAAACAAGUGAUGCACAUAAGCUGGAUCCGCCAAAGAAGACAGCCCCUGUGGUGCCCCCGUCGCCGCAUCAUCCAACAAGUGAUCUGUUCUGGGACGAGCUCGAGACAAGUUCUUGGAUAGACACCCAUUCUCCGCAGAAAAACCCUUCGGUGCAAAGAUCAUUGUUUCAAACCCCCAACCCAAUAAUGCCGGAAGGGACCGUGGCGCCGUCAGCAUCCCCCACAAAGGACCUGAAGGAAAAGCGCGCAAUGAAGACACCUUUUGAUGCAAAGAAGAAAGCGCUCGCCGAGGAAUUUCUGAAGAGAAUUGAUGACAAGAUUGUCAACGGUGAGGUUGGGUCAAAAUGUGCGAGCACGGGUGGAGUGCGGAUUAUAUGGAGUAAGACUUUAAGGACCACUGCCGGGGUGGCGAAGUGGAAGAUGGAGAAACUUAGGCUGCCCAAUGGGCAUGUCGCUAUGGGCGACCAUGAACUAACAGACCUAGUAAGACACCAUGCGACUAUUGAGCUAUCGGAGAAGGUCGUUGAUAGUGAGGGUGAGUUGGGUCCAGGAUUGAGAAAUAUAUGGACAGGGUCUAAUGUUGAUACAGAAAAACUCUACAAUGUCCUUUGUCACGAGUGGUGCCAUUUAGCAAACUACAUGAUUAGCGAUUGCAGGAAACCACCCCAUGGUGAAAGCUUCAGGGAAUGGUAUUAAUCUCCCCCUUUUUACCUUACCCUACCCCACACUAACAUACCUCCUCCCUCCUAGGGCGGCGCAAUGCUCCCGCGCCUUCUCCCACCUCGGUGUAACGGUAACCACGACCCACUCGUAUGAAAUUGUGUGCAAAUACCAAUGGACUUGCCAAAACCUCCAAUGCAAAUACGUCUACAAGCGCCACUCGCAAUCCAUUGACCCCAACAAGCAGCUUUGCGGCGCCUGCCGCGGCGGGCGACUCCUACAGACACAACCGGAGAAGAGGCCAAUCGCAAGGUACCAGGCCUUCAUGAAGGCGAACUUUGGCAGGAUAAAGGCGGAGAAUCCGGGGAAGUCGCAGGGGGAGCUCAUGAGCCUUGUUGGGAAGGAGUAUAGGGAGGCGAGGGCUAAAGAAGAAGAGGAUGCAAAGAAGGGGAGCGGGUUUGUGGAGGCUGGAGAGAAGGAGGGUGUUCUGGAGGAGCUCUUGGAUGGGUUGCAAGUUUGACGACGAUGACGAUGUGUGCAGUACAGGUUCCUGUAUAGAUGUUUUGUGAGCGAGCUUAUUUCAUGCAUGAGCGGGCGGUUGCUUUGGGUACGAUAUGUGCCAUAAUCCAAAUUCAAUCGUGAGAGUUUGCCCUUCUCUCUUGGGGUACUGU